AGAGCGUUCCAAGCGUAUUUGAUAUAGUUUUACCUGAAUCACUAGCGGCAGAAGUAGUAUCGGAGUGUACAUUUGAAACAGGUCACAGAUCAGCUUCCCCUCACUCCAAAUCAGACUCUGGAGAUGAAUCGGUCAUAGUGUCUGUAUCGGAGACUGAGGAUAAGCCUCUAUCACCCGAGUCAUUACCUGACUGCCGACCCAUAUCACCUGCAACACUGGUGUUAAAGGCAGGUGUUAGAAUGUCAUCACCUGAAUCUGUGUUAUUCGAGAAACAAGUUGAGAAGGAUAGACCGCUAUCCACUGAGUCUGUUGAAUACAGAACCAUGUCUCUAGAAUCAACGAUGUCAAUGGAUAAGGUUAGAUCAUCUUCACCUGAAUCAAUGCAUGAGAUCAAUGACAAUAGAUCGCUUUCUCCAGACUCACCAAUACCUAACUAUACAAGAUCAGGUGUGUCAGGUAUUGAUUCAUGUAAUAUGGAGUAUGCCACCAUAGAACACAGGUCAUCAUCACCUGAAUCCAUGACCUCUGGCUCUGAGUAUGAGCUAAUGGUCAUAUCAUCAUCAGCAUUAGAGAGUCGGGCAUCCUCGCCUGAUUCUCUAGAGUCAGUCGGCAGGAAUAGACGGCUAUCGCCUGACUCACCAGUGCCUGAGUUUAUGAGGAUAUUAUCUCAGUACUUCAUGGAACCCCGGGCCCUUAGUGAGAGAACGUCUUCGCCUGAGUCUGUGUCAUCAGACACUGUAUUCAUAGCUUUACCUGUAGAUUCUUGGUCCGAUGUCCUCAGAAGGCAGUCGUCUCCUGAAUCAGGUGCAUCAGAUGAAGAGUUGAGUUUAGUUAUUACAGGCACAGAAACAAUGACAUUUAAAGCAGGUGCGUUGAGUCAUGUGACAUCUGUAUUAACGUCUGAGUGUGUCCCAAUGUCGCCAGAAGAAAACACCGUGGGUGUUCCUCUGUUGUCAGUCCCAGCUACUAAAUUUGAAAAAGAGCAGGGACAAAUGAGCACGACAGAUCAAGGGUUACCAAGGGUCAGUGGGCUAGUAGCAGAAAUCGUUAUUACAUCUACGGAACAGGCACGGACAAAGCAUGGUUCAGAACAUGCUGAAACCAUCCCAACUCCCCAAGCCACUAUGGGUUUGGAAAAUGUCAAAAAGGUCCAGAAAGAUGUCCAGGUUAAGCAACAACCAGUGAAGGUCACGGACAGAAGUGAGGAAGAAGUAGUGGUCCUGCGCCUCAGUGCUGAUUCAAUAAAGACCCAGGAUGCCCCACAGAGGGCUCUGUCUCAAACAGCCAAGGAAAUACAGUUGAAGACCAGUUAUGGGAAAAUGCAAAGCAAAUUAGAGUCUACCUUGGAACCGGAAAGUACUUUACAUGAGCAAAAGGCAGUAUUAGACUUGAGUCAAGAAACAAGCAUAUCAGGUCUGGUAUCACCUAAACAGACAAAGACAGCCGCAGGCUACAAACCUCUGAUAUCAACCCCAUUGCAGAUCAGUGAACAAUACCCUUUCACUACCCAUAGAGCAGUGACACCUAAACUAAAGGUACUUGACUCUCAGGAAUUCUCCGACUGGAGUGAAUUUACACAAGAGGAAUUUGAGGAGACUCAUUCGGGUGAGUUAUUUUCGCCGAUGUCGAGCCAAUUCCUGGUGCCACCAGAUUACGAGGCCCUGUUUUCCGGAUGUCACUCUCUGAGAGUCUCCGAGUGUAGCCAGUUGUCCCCCACUGAUAUGAGUCCAGUUUCUCCAGUCUUCAGCGACCCUCAGUCAGAUAAGUGUCAGGUCACAACCACCAACCUGAUGGGUCCCGAGUUCGAUUCCAAGUCUCCUACACCUGGAUCUGCAGAAGCCUUUGAAUUCUCGCCAGACUUUAAGCGAGUGAUCGGCGAAUUUGAGAAAACACUCUCUUCAUUUGGGCCAGUUGUCCAAUCAGAUCCCGCCCAAGAAAAUUCAGACCUGGAGUUCUUUGACUGCAAAGAUGAUUUCUCAGAUUUCUCAGAGGCAGAGGACCUGGAGCCAGAGGAACCUGAGGUCCUCUACCACAUCGAGGAGCCUCCAUCCCCAACCCCCUUCUGCAGCACUCUGGAAACGGGCUUCCUCAAAGGAAGCCCUGUAUGCAGCGCACAGUUCCUACGGGUGGAUGACCAAAAUCGCUUCUCUUUGGGUAGUGAAAGUCUUGGGGACUAUGGCAUUUAUGACGGACCAGAAAGUGAAAGUGAAACUGUACCCACGUGUGAGGAGCUACCCUCCAGGUCGCAGGCAGGGUACGAUGAUGAUGAAUACUCUCUGGAACGGGAGAUAAAUGAGGAGCUAGGGUUGCUGUCAUCGGAUAGCUCAGAGGAGGAGGUGUUGACCACCAGGGUGGUCCGACGCAGAGUUAUCAUCCAGGUAUACGGCUAUGAAGGAGCAUGUGGGGAAGUGGGCCCUGCCCUAGUGUGGUGUGAUGUGGCGUUGGGGUUAGAUGGGAGUCGAGUUUUAGCUUGUGGGUAG